UAAAUCCAACCAAGACACCACACACCCACUUCGAUUAACGCGCGAUUUAGAACCUAGAGCGAUACCCGCCGAAUCAACCAACGAAUCGACAGUUUAACCGUUAAAAGUUCGGAAUUAACUUGAUAAAAGUCGAUGAUCGCGCUCCAAGAAUUUUCUCAAUUUUCUUCAAUUUCUUUGCGAAAAAGAAUGCUGUUUCUUAAUACCGUUUUGAUAUUAUUAUAACACAACUCCGUCAAAAAUGAAUUUGUUAAAUUUCCCGUUUUUUGCCAUUUUGUAUAUCGUGGUCACCAAUAUAAAAUGUGCGGAAAAAUCAGCGAUAUACAGUGAGAACGCUAUUAAAUUCGAGGCGAUAUUUUCGAGCGCGUUAAACAACGGUAACGUGGUGGAAAUCGAGAAUUUCCCUGAAAUUUUCCGAAACUUUUCUCUGGCGACCGAUUCCGAACUGAAAGUUGAACUGGAAACUAGUGUUUUGAGUGAGGAGGAACGAGGAAGGCAAUGUUUAAGAAAUGUGACAAAAUGUAUUGAUGAAGAUUUAACUUACCGCUCAACGACGGACAAAUUGUUCAGUUUCAUGUCGACAUCACUGCCUCCAUUUGAUCUAAGUCGCGCCCCUGGUGUGAGCCGAUCUUGCCAAAAAGACAGCCAGAAAUACGUGGAGGAGUUGAAAAAGUUUAAAAUGUGGGCAUUAAAAAUGUACGAUUCGACUGCAAAAAUUCCAUCCGGAAUUCUAAACGGAAACAUAAACCAACUUGGAGAUUUCGAUAUGUGUUUGGCGGCACUUUCAGAAGACGAGAAAAUUAAAGGACAGUACUGUUUAGCUUCUUUGGAAGUUAGCGUACCGCAGAGCCCAUACCUGACGGGUCUUCACAAGCUAAUGCAGUCUCAUUACCACUUCAAAAGUAAACUGGAAGAUCCAGGCCACAGAGUCCCAAGAUUCUCCAGCAUAAACUGGGCCUUGUGUGUACCCAGCUCCUGCACCCCGCAAGAUGUCGAACAAGGACUUAAGUUUGCUACAGCCGAUAUCGUUAACGGUAGCGAAUUGGAAAUACGUUAUGAAGUCAAUCCCGAAAUGUGUCAAACUGCAGAAAAGACAAGCCUACCUUUAUCAACACAAAUUGCAUUGGUGGUGUUUGGUUCAAUAAUAUUUUUCGAGCUGUUUGCCACCUUUUACGAUAGUUUUGCUAAUGGCGAAAAAAACAAAUGGGUAAUGUGUUUCUCGUUAAAGAAAAAUCUUAACUCGAUAACAUCAUACAAAAGAUCGCAAGGGGAUAUUGAAGCUGUCCAUGGAAUAAGAAUGCUGAACGCCAUUCUUCUCAUUGCUGCUCAUAAAUCGAUGGCAUUAUUCUUCAUUCCAUAUGUCAAUAGGACUGAGUGUGUAGAAUAUCUUGCAAGACCCUUUACUGUAAUUGGCAGAGCGGCAAGUUUAUAUACUGACCCAUUCAUCAUGAUAUCCGGACUUCUAACGUCGUAUUCCUUAAUUGGAAAACUAAACAAAGAUGGAAAGUUGAAGAUAGCUCAGGAAUACAUCUCCAGACUUUACAGAAUAGUUCCUACAUUUGCCGCACUUAUAGCCUUUUGUACAUUCAUAUUACCAUGGCUAAACAGUGGACCCAUGUGGAAUAUGGUUGUAACACAUCACUCCAAUAUUUGCAAAAAAUACUGGUGGAGAAACCUUCUAUUUAUCCAUAAUUAUUUCGGAUUCAAAGAUAUGUGUUUGACACACACGCAUCACCUUGGAAUAGAUACGCAGCUGUUUUUCACAUCACCGUUCCUAGUUUACAUUCUUUGGAAAUGGCCUGUCAAAGGAUCAGUUACACUGCUCUCUUUAGCUACCAUAUCUACGAUGGGGAGGUACUAUGUGACAUACACCAUGAAAUUGUCCAACUAUGUACACUUUGGAACAUCAAUUCAACAACUUUUUGAAACUGCCGAUUAUAUGUAUAUUCUGCCUCCACACAGGGCUACUGUAUACAUUAUGGGUGUAUUUAUGGGUUAUUUAUUGAGAAAAUACAAACAUGUUACGUUUACCAAGGCUCAAUUAAGAAUGGGAAACACGAUAGCUUUGUUCAGUUUCCUAUUAUCAUAUUUAGGUCCAUCAUUUAUGGGCAAUAUUGAUUAUGUGUACAAUCCCACUCAUGCAGCACUAUAUGCCGCUGUCUCUCCUAUUUUAUGGGUUGGAUCAUUUUGUUGGGUAAUAUUUACUACGCAAUUAGGCUAUAAAGGAAUUAUCGGCAACUUCUUCUCAAUGCCUGUAUGGACUUUAUGGACAAAAGUAUCUUAUACCGUUUAUCUCACGCAAUUUCCGAUCUUCUUUUACAACGUCGGUAUUACAAGAGCGCCACACGAAUUCGGUUUUUUUACAAAAAUGAUAAACCUUCAAGAACAUGCGUGGAUAUUAGCUUUAUCUGUAGCUUUAAGUUUAACUUUUGAAAUGCCUUUUCAAAAUAUUAGGUCUCUGCUUCUCAAGAGGUCAGAUACUAUACAGAAAAAUCAAGAAAAGAAGAUACUGUGAUAACACUAAAGACCAUUAUGUAACGCUCUAGUUUACUCAAUGAUUAUUUGUUGUAACAAAGAUGAAAAUGUUCAUCAAAAAAACGCUGCCAAAUAAUGAAUUGAAAAUGUAAUAUAGAUUGCCAUGUAAAUAAACUAUUAUUUAUUU